AUGCCCCAUAUGAGAAAUAUGAGAAAAGGAAAAUUUGAUUAUCGAUGUACAGAUAAUUUAUUGGCAUUGAGGUGGCGAGAUAAAGAUGUGUGGAUAUUAUCGAGUGCUCACAAAGCUAAAAUGAUAGAAGCUGGUCGAAGAAAUUAUCUUACAGGAUCGCAAAAAUUAAAAUCAGAAUAUGUUGCAAAUUACAACAUUAAAAUGGGUUCUGUGGACCGUGUUGAUAUGGUUUUAAGCACAAUUAAUUCAUCUAGAAAAUGUCUAAAAUGGUAUAAGAAGUUUUUUUUCCAUUAUUAGACAUCGCACUAUAUAA